AUGUUGAAUGAAAACCAGAACCAAAAUCAAAACUCAGCCGGCCUGAGCAUGGACAUCACGAUGGAGAACUCGAUUCCCACAGGCUCCAACGCUACCCCACCAUCUCCAGCCACAGGCCUCAACGCAGUCCGACUGGGAUCCACCAGCGUCCCCGAAACAACAGCACAGGAAACUACUGCAUCGGGCUUCACAAGCGCGAAUGCAUCCGCGCAGUCAGCGAUCGGAGUCAACAGAACGGGACGCCGAGUAAUCAGACGCUCGAACCGCACCGCAAGAGGACGAUCCAGCUCUCGCCGGGAAAACGCAGUCUCAGCGCGACGACGACAACAACGACGAGGAGGACGAGACAACAAUUCCAGAUCCCGAUCCCGAUCUCGAUCUCGAUCUCGAAGCGCCUCAAGCCAGACCAGCUCCUCCUCCACCCUCGCGGAUGGCUCAAGUGACCGCAGCUCCCUCUCUGCCGAGCUCUCACUACCACGACCACAACAGUCUCGAGCGGACUCUUUCUCACCACCGCACGCCAUGCAAGAUGCUGUCCGGGUCGCGGCCGAGGCAGCUCUCCAGAUCCAGCAGAGCUACGUCGCAGAGCUCGAGGCGAUCGAAGAGCGGGAGAGUGAACGUGCGGCAAGGAUGACUGCUGAGUGGGCCCUCCGGGUCAUCGUCGAGAAUGAGAUGUCGGAGGCGCUGACGAUGGCUGGGAUUGAGAGCGACGAUGAGUGA